AUGUCGAAGGCGGCGGGAGGUCCGGCAGCGGCGGCGGCGGCUGAAAGUUGUCCCUCGGCCUCUGCCGGCCCGUCCGCCGCCGCCGCGGUGGAGGACCUGUCCAAAGUGUCGGACGAGGAGCUGCUGCAGUGGAGCAAGGAGGAGCUGAUCCGCAGCCUGCGGCGCGCCGAGGCCGAGAAGGUGAGCGCGAUGCUGGACCACAGUAACCUCAUCCGCGAGGUGAACCGCCGCCUGCAGCUGCACCUCGGCGAGAUCCGCGGGCUCAAGGAUAUCAACCAGAAACUCCAGGAGGACAACCAGGAACUGAGGGACCUCUGCUGUUUCCUGGAUGAUGACCGGCAGAAAGGCAAGAGGGUGUCCCGGGAGUGGCAGAGACUGGGCCGCUACACGGCUGGGGUGAUGCACAAGGAAGUGGCCUUAUAUCUGCAGAAGCUGAAGGAGCUGGAGGUGAAGCAGGAGGAGGUGGUGAAGGAGAACAUGGAGCUCAAGGAGCUCUGCGUGCUGCUCGACGAAGAGAAGGGCGCCGGCUGCGCGGGCAGCCGCUGCUCCAUCGACAGCCAGGCCAGCCUGUGCCAGCUCACCGCCUCCACGGCGCCCUACGUGCGGGACGUGGGCGACGGCAGCAGCACCUCCAGCACGGGCAGCACCGACAGCCCGGACCACCACAAGCACCACGCCAGCAGCGGCAGCCCAGAGCACCUGCAGAAGCCCCGGGGCGAGGGCAGCCCGGAGCGCGCCAAGCACCGCAGCACCAGCCCCGAGCAUCUGCAGAAACCCCGAGCCGCCGGAACCCCGGAUCACCCCAAAGCACUCAAAGGACCCAGCCCCGAGCACCACAAACCCUUGUGCAAGGGCAGCCCUGAGCAGCAAAGGCCCCCGCACCCCGGGAGCAGCCCCGAAACGCUGCCCAAGCACGUGCUGAGCGGGAGCCCGGAACACUUUCAGAAGCACAGGCCCGGGGGCAGCCCGGAGCACUCGAGGCACAGCGGAGGCAGCCCCGAGCAUCUGCAGAAACAUGCCCUCGGCGGGAGCCUGGAACAUCUACCCAGAGCCAGGGGCACCAGCCCUGAGCACCUCAAACAACAUUUUGGGGGGAGCCCCGAUCACAAACACGUGGGCGGAGGAGGCGGAGGCAGCGGCGGAGGCAGCAGGGAGGGUACUCUCCGAAGACAGGCGCAGGAGGACGUGUCACCCCAUCACCGGAGUGUCUACAGUGGCAUGAACGAAUCAACCUUGUCCUAUGUUAGGCAGCUGGAGGCAAGAGUAAGACAGCUGGAGGAAGAAAAUCGCAUGCUGCCCCAGGCCACCCAGAAUAGAAGGCAACCUCCAACUAGAAACAGCUCAAAUAUGGAGAAAGGCUGGGGGCCCAGAGCCCGGCGGGUCUUGCAGUGGUGGCAAGGGUGCCGAGGAAUAGGACGAUGCCUGCCCACUCUCCCGGGUUCUUUUAGGUUGUCAUCUGGGGCUGAUGGGAGUAACAGUCCACCCAACUCUCCAGCUAGCUUCAGUGGACAUACCACACCUUCUCAGCAGCCUGAACCCGUGGUACAUUCUCUUAAGGUCUUGGAUGUUCAGGAAACUAUAGAUCGUCAACAGGGUAAAGAGUAUGAAAAUGACCUUAGUGAGACAGAAAAAGCUAUAGUCAGAGAAAUGUGCAAUGUUGUGUGGAGGAAACUUGGAGAUGCUGCAGGUUCCUGUCCUGGGAUUAGGCAACAUUUGUCUGGAAACCAGUACAAAGGACCGAUGUGA